CAGAUGCAUGGAGCAAAAGGCAGGGAGCUGUAUGGACAGAACAAUUGCUAGAUCUAGUGCCUUCUAUAUGUUUUUUUUCUUUGGACCUUUAACUGCUGUUCCUUUAUUUAAUUUUAUUUGAUUAUUGAUUGAGUAGAUUGUAGUUGCCCAUGCUCUUGGCUCCCAAGGCAAAAGCCCAGGCUUGCAAGGUGCUCUGAACACUUGACAGCAGCUCCUUGCGCUCCCAGCAUUCACAUACUGAUUGUGUGUGUGUUUCAUAUCCAUGAAUACUUAGCAGAGUAAAUAUGUGCAUAAAAAUGGAAUAAUUGGCAAAGUAUAUGACUGCCUCCUCCCCCUCUGGAGGAGUUAAGGCUGCUGAGGGUCUCUUCUGUACAGAACACUGAUGAAGCUUUCAUGUAAGUGAAGUAGCACAGAGACUGGAAUAUGCUGCAGACAAUCUAUGAGAGUGAAUCAUGUUUCUGCUCAGAUGGGGUCUCCACUCGUGAACAGCAGAGAAUGCACAGCAUGAUCAGCUCAGACGUAAAGUCUGAGGUUCCUGUUGGGAUGGACCCCAUUACGCCGCUAGAUUUGAGAACUGAUCUCAGGACGGUGAUACCAAUUAUUGACCCUGUUCUGCGAGAGAAGCAGCUACAACAGGAGCUCUUGCUUAUUCAGCAGCAACAACAAAUACAGAAACAACUUUUAAUCGCCGAGUUUCAAAAGCAGCAUGAGAACCUUACAAGACAGCACCAGGCUCAGCUACAAGAGCACCUAAAGCUACAACAAGAACUUCUUGCAAUGAAACAGCAACAAGAACUUCUCGAAAGAGAGAAGGAGCACAAAAUGGAGCAACAGAGACAGGAACAGGAAGUGGAAAGACAUCGGCGGGAGCAGCAACAGAUUUCACAUUCGAGAAACAAAGACAGAGGAAAAGAAAGAGCUGUAGCCAGCACCGAAGUGAAGCAGAAACUUCAAGAGUUCCUCUUGAGUAAAUCCGCAACAAAAGAGUCUUUGACAAACGGAACCAAUCAUUCCAUGGGCCGCCAUCCCAAGCUUUGGUACACGGCAGCUCACCACACCUCACUGGAUCAAAGCUCCCCUCCGCUGACAUCCCCGUCAUACAAAUACACUUUACCCGGCGCUCAGGAAAGCAAAGAUGAUUUUCCUUUAAGGAAGACAGCUUCCGAGCCCAAUCUGAAGGUCCGAUCCCGCUUAAAACAAAAAGUGGCAGAAAGAAGAAGCAGUCCUUUACUUAGACGCAAAGAAGGAAAUGUUCCCACCACAUACAAGAAGAGAAUAUUUGAAGUUGCAGAAUCUUCAGUGAGUAGCUGUUCCCCAGUAUCAGGACCUAGCUCACCAAACAAUGGUCCAGUUGGCAUGAAUGUUGAAAAGGAAGCUUCCGUGUUGUCAUCAAGCUCUCAAACUGAGCAUUUGGCAUCACAUCACCAACAUAUUGUGCAUCCUGAGAAGUCACUGAGUCUACUGAACCUAUACAAUUCUCCUUCCUUGCCCAAUAUUACCUUAGGACUCUCGGCGGCAGUUUCUCAAAUCAGUGCCUCAUCCUCAUUAAAAGAAAAACAAAGGUACGACCCCCAGGCUCUCCGGCAGGGGGUCUCGCUGCCUGGACAGUAUGGUGGAAGCCUGGCUGCAUCUUCGGCCCAUGCGUCCCUGGAAGGAAAAUCAACCAGCAGUCAUCAGGCUUUGCUGCAACACUUACUGCUGAAAGAACAAAUUCGGCAACAAAAGCUUUUAGUUGCAGGAGGGACUCCACUUCUCCAGCAGUCACCACUGGCAUCAAAAGACAGAGUUUCACCGUCUGGAAGAGUAGCCCACAAGCUGCCACGCCACAGACCGCUGUACAGGACCCAGUCUGCCCCUCUGCCGCAGAACACUCUGGCUCAGCUGGUCAUUCAGCAGCAGCACCAGCAGUUCCUAGAGAAACAAAAGCAGUAUCAGCAGCAGAUUCACAUGAACAAAAUUCUUUCUAAAUCAAUUGAACAGCUUCGACAACCGGGCCAUCACCUAGAGGAAGCUGAAGAAGAACUUCAUGGAGAUAACGUGAUGCAAGAAGAAAGUGUUUCCUCGUCAACUAACAUGAAAAGUCAAAGUAGUGCGGAUGUCAGGGUUGGGCACCUGAGAUCUGUCAAGGUGAAAGAGGAGCCACCGGAUAGUGAGGAUGAAAUUCAAACACACUUCGAAUCUGAACAGAAAACAGCUUUUGUGCAACAGCAGGUCCCGGAGCAUCAGCGUAUCAGCAAAUUUCAGCUCUACCAGGCUCAGAUGGAUACAGUUGGCAUGACGGGAUUAGACAAACAUCGGCAUGUUUCCAGAGCUCAGUCUUCCCCUGCUGCUUCUACGUUACCUCACCCCGCUUCAGACCAGCCCGUCGAGCAUGUCUAUAAGACUGGUAGGACUCCCUAAAGACCUCUUUUAAUAGGCAGGAUAAAUUCACUGUUCAUGUAGGAUCAACUGAUUUAAAUGCCUAGAAUACCUCCAGUAGCUGAACAUUCAUUUUACCCUCACUUUGACUGAAUGUUUUGAGACUAUGUCGGCAUCGUGACAGCCGCUGUGGAUGAUAAAUCAUAAUUUGUACAUUCGCAAACUCAUAAAUUACCGCUAUCAUUGAAGGGCUCUGCCAAAAUGUUAACAGGUGCACUUGUGGGUAUUUAUAGUUGUUUCUUGAUGGCUUCUCCUUCCCACAGUUCUUUAUCUUGUUUCAUUCUACAUUUCUUACUGUGUAUAUAAAAAAAAAAUACACAAA